AUGUCCCGCCGAGCACCACCCCGCGACUACGACGAGCAAGAUGAAUUCUACGAAAUGGAACGGGAGCGCGAGCGAGACUAUAGGCCGCGCCGACGACAUCGCGACUAUGAGGAUGAUGUUGAGUAUCGUCGGCGAAGGUCAGAGCCCCUAGCCGAGGAUAUGGAGCGUAUGCACAUCCGAGAACGAUCCAGGCGAGACUUUAUGGAAGAAAGCUUUGCGCCGCCGCGAACACGGGAUGACGUGGUUCUCAUGCGGUCAAGGGAGGAGGUAGAUAUGGCCUCGCCUGAGCGAUAUAUGCCUUUAGACCACGAUGAUGCCUACAGGCGGCCGUCCGGGUCCCGGCACGAGGAGGAUAUUAUUUUUGAGGAACGGGAGAGACGUCGGGGCACAGGACGCCGUCCGCGAGGCAUCGAGGAGGAUUUAAUUUUCAUGGAGAGAGAAAGACGUGAAGAUGGGAGGCGUCGUCCUGAACGAGAGCGAGAAGACGAAGACGAUCCUUUCAUUGAUGAAAGGGAAAGGCAUCGAGAUAGGAGGUAUCGCCGGGAGCGAGCAUCCCAAGAGGAUCUUCUGUUUGAGGAAAGAGCAAGGGAAAGAGACAGCGGCAGGAGGCGUCGUCUAGAGCCCAAAUUCGAGAAGGACGAUGAACUCAUCCUCGAACGGGAAAGACGCCGAGGAAGUAGACGCCAUCCUCGGGAAUUUAAAGAGGAGGUUUUCAUUAUUGAAGACAGAGAACUACACAGAGGGAGCAGGCGUCACCCAGAACGAAGAUCUGAGGACGAUCUUCUCUUUGAGGACAGAGAAAAACGUCACCGCAGGCGACGUCCAGAACGGGAAUCUGAUGAGGACCUAUUAGCUGAGGGGCGAGCGAAACAUGGAGGAAGAAGACACCGCCCAGGGCGCGAAUUCGAGGAAGAGGAAAUGGUAGUCCGACGGAAAGAAAGAGAAGAGCCUCCUUUACGUCGCGGAUGGGAUAGUGAACUCGAUAUUCGAUCGCGUGAUAGGAGAUUGGAGUUCGAGGAAGAGCCAUACCAUCGACCACGGCCACGGCCUCCACCUCCCCAAAGGGUCGAGGUGGAAGAGGUCCUCCUUGACGAUGCGCCAGGGCGACACCGAGGCCCGAUCGAUUCUCCAGAUCCAGAAUCUGAAGAGGAUGACGUGGUCAUUCGGCGGAAGGAUAAAGGGCCACGACCGGCAGACCGUGUUGAUGAAGAGGAGAUAGUCAUACGCGGACGUGAAAAACGACGCAGUGUACCUUCGGAGGAUCUCCAACGUGAAUUAAGAGGUCUUCGGCGAGAGGAUAGGGAACAGAUUCCACUGGACGAAGAGCCUAGCGUGCGCCCGCAGCUGGACUCCAAGUCACGCUCCCGAGACCUUGAAGAGGUUAAGGAAGAGACCAGUAUCCGGAAAACAAAGGACAAGCUCCCAUCUCGCCAGCCAUCGCCUUCUUUGGAUUCCAUACAUGCACCCCCAAUCCGCCAAGAAGACGUGUUUACCCACGAUAGGAACAUUGACCAUGACUAUAAAGACGCCCGUACACCUCGUGUGCGCAGUCCGGAACCGCGGUCCCGGAGAGGUAGUUUUGAUGAAAUCGAUAUUCACCAUCGAAAAAUGCGAGGUGGACGAAUGUCGGAUGAAAGCAUAGUCCUCGAUCACAGUGACAGUGAAGACUCUCUCGCUCCAGAAGACUCAAUAUCUCCAACUAGCGGUCCAGCUGUUGAUUUCAACGACCCGUGGGAGCGGGAAACAAUAACCGCAACUCGUCGUCGGCCCAAGCCGCUAGAAGACGAGAGCGAGUUAGCUUACAGCCGCGAAAUUAGAGAUGCCCCUUCCAUGCAUGACGUUGAAAAGGAUAUAAUGAUUGAGAGCGCCAGGCUUGUAAACAAGGCCCCAAGAGGUACGGACGACUGGUCUGUGGUGCAUACUCCAUCCCCGGACGAACCCAUUGAGAUGACCGGAGCUUUGGACGUUGUUGAGGUCAAACCUCGACAUUCGUCAGUGGCUGAAGCAAAAAUUGGACGAAUUGCCCAGCAGGUCACGGACCCGGAGGAGACACGAAACGAUCGGUGGACCGAAAUAGCGAAGAGAUUGGUAGUGAGGGAAGCUAUUGAACACAUGGGAUUCGAGUACGAAGAGACGAGGACGUGCUACUACAUCUUCUCGUACCUCAAGUCGGAUGACAUAGAUGAGCUUGUCGAAUUGUCCGACGAGAUUCGAAGUGCUCGUCGUAGACGCAUCCGUGACAUUCAGCGGGAGCGGGCCUCUGUGCCAGAUCUCGAACCCCGAAAUAGACCUCAUGUGGCAAUGCCUCCAAGGGCACGGAUGAUAGAGAAACGCAUGCAAGAUAUUCGAGACCGAGAAUGGUUUCCUCGGCGGUGA